AUGUCGCCGGAAUAUGCCACCGAAGGAGUUUUUUCUACAAAGUCUGAUGUGUACAGCUUUGGAGUGUUGUUACUUGAAAUUGUUUGUGGAAGAAAAAACACGUGUUUUUAUGAUGAUGAACGCCCAUUAAAUCUAGUUGGACAUGUAUGGGAAUUGUGGAAAGAUGGAAAGUGUUUGGAAUUAGUGGAUCCAUCAUUGGAGGAGUUAUUAGAUGGUGAUGAAGUGCAGAGGUCAUGUUGGUCUCUUGUGCGUUGA